AUGCUGAUCCCACUCGGACUAUGGACGUUGCUAGUAGCUGCGGUCAUGUCCGCGGCCAUCUCGAACGAUAAGCCUACAUUGCCAGACAGAGCGGAUGUUUAUCCUGGUGAACCGCCUGGACCACGUACAUCAUUUGUUGUAACUUCCAAGUUCUGCGUCAUCCUGCUAUCUGGGCUACUUGGAUAUCGCGUUCGAAUACUUGACCGCCAGCCCUUCAAUCGCAUAACCCUGACCCAGGUCUACGUCUUCAUCCUCUACUUCCUCUCGAUUGGCUUCGCUUUCUCGGCCGCAGUCGUAAACAACGGCCUAGGGCUAGGAACAAACGCUGUCUGCAAGGUCGCCAUGAGGCUGUGCAUCGUCUUCUAUGCCGGCAGUAAAGUGAGCAUCACAAUUGGCAUCGUAGUGAGCCUCGGUACCAUUGGAUGUGUCGCGUUCAUCCUACCGGUCUUCUGGAUCUCCGACGAUGGACGUUGCCGCAUUGGUGUCAAGCGAUACACGGGCAUCCCGCUCUUGACAUGCGAUAUUGUCAUCAACGUCUACCUCACGCUUGUGUUUGUUUACCUCUUGAGCCCUUUGGUCAGAGGCGGCCAGACCUCGAGCGCCAGUUUCCCGAGCCGUUUAGCGCUGUGGAUCGGCAAUAUUUGUAGUCAGACAAAGAAUAAAGCCACGCCGAACCUUCAUCGAUCAAACGAAGUCAUGGCAAAGAAAGUUGAGACUCUACUGUGGAAGACUUUCUGGGGAACAGUCAUUGUUAUCGUGCCGACUGGCGCAAACCUUGCCUCUCUGUGCAUCCUGCAGGGAAACGAACUGGCCUUUGUCCGUUGA